AAAAACUGGCUGAUUGUUGAGAUUCCUGUCAACCAAUGAAAUUAUUUGCUACAAAAUGGCGGGUGUUUUUAUUUGAAGAAAAGUGUUGACAUGUGUUUAUAUAAAAUACUUGUGUUUAUAAUGUAUUUUAAAGAAGUGCUGACUAUUUGUUUAACUUCUUUUACGAUGAAAGUAAGGUUAAUGUCGAUUUAGCGAAGGAAACGUCUUCUGUUCGUUGAGAUAAGUGUUUGUGUGCGGUUGUAUUCAUGCAGCCAGAGCUAAUCCAGGUAAACUGGAGUAGCGAUGAAGAACUGGUACAAUUAAGGUGGUCAGACUCCGAUUCUGGGGACCCAGUGAAUUGUUCUAUGACCACAUUACAAGACAUUACAGGAUCUGCUGACUGUGCUAUGACAGAUAGCGAACAAGUACAGCGUGAUGAGGAAUAUUUAGACAUUUGGGAUAGCGAUGAAAGCUUAAUGUUUUUGUCUUUUUGCUAGAAAAUAAAUGAGGUCGCCGUGGUGUAAUGGAUAUGGUGUCCGCCUAGCGACCGGGAGGUCACGGGUUCGAUCCCCGCUGUGGGAGCGUUCUUUCGAUCUCCCAUAUAGACACCAAGUACUGGUUCUAGGCCCAGGAAAUGGACUCGAGAGCAUUUCAAAUAAGUAGGAAUGACUUUCUAUGCAAUCGAGCUAAAAUAAAUAGGUUUAAACUAAACUAGAAAAUAACCAUUUGUUAUGCCUUGGUUUUAACAUUUGUUUUCAGGUGAGGUAAAGUCAGAAGGAAGAAUGAAAUUAAAAGCAUUGAAGUUUCUUAGUAUUAAGACAGCACUUAACACACCCUGCUAUUGUGGAAAACGGUGUAUUAUGCAGUUGAAUAUUAAUUUUGUCCGUGAUAUUCGUGAAAAAUUCUGGCAUAAUCCAAAAUUGACUAGGAUAACACUGCUGAAAGCAUCAUAUGAAAAAUCUGAAAAAGUCAGAAAAUACAGGUACUUUUCAGUACAGUCUAAAAAACAAGAAGUACAAUUAUGUACAAAAGCAUUUUUGGCUGCAUUGAGAGUUAACAAGAAUACAUUAACUACAGUUGCUGAUAUGUGCAUGAAUAACAAGGAAGCUCCAACUGGGAAAUCCCCACGUAACUGGGACAAGAGCACUCUACUUUUGAUUGCUUGGCUGGAGGAUUACUUCAGAUUUCAUGGCGAAAGAAUGCCUCACCGAAACGAGAUUGUGAUGCCAUAUGGAACAGUGAAAAGUUAUAUUUAUGAACAAUACAAAAUGGAUGUGGAAAAUCCAGUGAGCAAAAGCCAGUUCUACAAGAAAUGGAUUGACAGCUUCCAGUUUGUUAAAACGAAAAAGACCAACAGCUUCAGCAAAUGUACAACUUGUGUGACAUUAGAAAGGCUAAUGAGCAAAACCACCUCUUUCGAGAUGCGUGCUUUCUACAAGAAAAAGAAAGAAGAGCAUAAUAUUCGUCAAAUGUUAGAAAGGAAGUACUAUUACAACAAAAAAGACCAGGCACAACGCAAUCCAAGCCAGCACAUGUCCAUAAUUAUCGAUGGUAUGGAUCAAGCAAAGACCAAUUUGCCACAUUUUGCUGGGAGGAACCCAAAGAAUCUGCAUGCAGUGGAUCUUCUGCAUACUCAUGUCACUGGAGUGCUAAGUCACGGGCAUGGAGGGUUUCAUGCCUAUGUGGACAUUAAUGAAUAUCCUCAUGAUCCCAACUUGACAAUCAACAUCAUACUUAAAGAGCUACUACGUCAAGCGAGGGCAAAUAACAACUUCCUGCCUCCAAGUUUGUUUAUCCAAGCAGACAACUGUUGGAGGGAAAAUAAGAACCGUUAUGUAUUUGCAUUUCUGGAAUUGUUAGUGGCAGAACAGGUUUUCCAUGAGGUUCAUAUGUCCUUCCUUAUUGUUGGCCACACGCAUGAAGACAUUGAUGCAAAAUUUAGUGAGGUUUCCAGGCUGUUAAAUACUAAAGAUGCUGAAUAUUUUGAUGACUUCUUAAACGUUUUGAAAAAUGCAGAGCGUAUCACACAAUUAUUUGAUGUUAAGUCAUGGAUUGAGGGUGAUUUGAACAAAGUUGACCACAUCACCCAACCUUGGCACUUUAAAUUUGUUUCUGUGGACGGUGGUGUAAAAGUGUUUUAUAAAGGGGUACAAUCUCAGCCGUGGUCAGCCCUAAAUGGGAACUUUUUGAAUAAAGCGCCAAGUGGAAAGCCAGAAAUAUUGAAGCCAAAUUUUAGUAAAAUUGAAAUAGAUAAAAAUGUUAAACAAAUUAAAGCUCUGAAACUAUUUUUCAAAAAGCAGGAUAGUACACAAAAGUGGCUAGACUUUUACGAAUCGCUCAAUUCCAACAUGGACAGUUUAGAUUCUGGAGUAUUUCCUUUAACACUGCUACCGAGACAACCUAUAAGGCAGGCCUUUCCACCAGGACAAGGAAUGGUUCCUGAAGUUCGUGAACUGAUUGAAAAGGAAAACAGACAGCCAUUGUUACAGAUAAAAAAGCGGAAAACUGGAGACGAAGCUUCUGACCUCAGGGUUGCCAAAAAGAAGAAUGAUAACACUUCUGGUGGGAAAGGGUUUGGCAAAAGGAAGAGAAGAUUUAUAUAUGACACAACACUGUGCAGAUCACGACUGGUCAUGAUUUCAGAUGAAGAAAGGAAGAAACAUCUGUGGAUAAAAAUCUUGAUGGACCUGUAUACUUCAUUUAUGCAGUAUAUGCACAUCUUGUUGCUCAUUUUGUAUGUGUUGUGCUGCCUUUUUGAAGGAUAUAUUUUGUUUAUUUUAAGGUUAUUGCAAGAACUUCUGCGUCAAUCUUUAUUAGAACACAUGGGUUUAUUCCAACCCAGAGUUUCAUUUUAUGGUGAAAUUGGAUCAGUCAAUUGAAUUUGUUUUAGCAAAUAUACGUCUCUGGUGGGCAAAUAAGACACUAUUAUUGAGGUGUAGUGUUUAACAAUUUGUAUCCAGUCAAAUGUUCCUUAUUUCGCCAGUUGUCUUUAUAAUCCCCUGAAAGUAUUGAGUGAGAUGUCCUUUAUAAGCUAUUGUAACUGUACAUUUGUUCAUAUGCAUUUUUCUACCAAUUUUCGAUUUCGGUUUAGAAAUGCUUUGUAUGAACUUGUCUUCACAUAAAAAUGCUUUAUUAUGUUCCCCUUCGAAGAAGAGGGGGUAUAUUGUUUUGCUCAUGUCGGUCCGUCCGUAUGUCCGUCUGUCCACCAGAUGGUUUCCAGAUGAUAACUCAAGAACACUUAGGCCUAGGAUCAUGAAACUUCAUAGGUACAUUGAUCAUGACACACAGAUGACCCCUAUUGAUUUUGAGGUCACUAGGUCAAAGGUCAAGGUCACGGUGACCCGAAAUAGUAAAAUGGUUUCCGGAUGAUAACUCAAGAAGACUUAUGCCAAGGAUCAUGAAACUUCAUAGGUACAUUGAUCAUGACUCACAGAUGACCGCUAUUGAUUUUCAGGUCACUAGGUCAAAGGUCAAGGUCAUGGUGACCCGAAAUAGUAAAAUGGUUUCCGGAUGAUUACUCAAGAACUCUUAUGCCUAGGAUCAUGAAACUUCAUAGGUACAUUGAUCAUGAAUCGCAGAUGACCCUAUUAAUUUCAGGUCACAAGGUCAAGGUCAGGGUGACUCGAAACAGUAAAAUGGUUUCCGGACGAUAACUCAAGAAUGCUUACACCUAGGAUCAUGAAAAUUCAUAGGUUCAUUGAUCAUGACUGGCAGAUAACCCCUAAUAAUGUUCAGGUCACUAGGUCAAGGUCACAGUGACUCAAAACAGUAAAAUGGUUUCCUGAUGAUAACUCAAGAAUUAUUAGGCCUAGGAUCAUGAAACUUCAUAGGUACAUUUAUCAUGACUAGCAGAUGACCCCUAUCGAUUUUCAGGUUACUAGGUUAAGGUCACAGUGAAAAAACUAAUUCACACUUUGGCUGCCACUUCAACUGACAGCCCAUAUGGGUGGCAUGCAUGCUUUACAAACAGCCCUUGUUAAAAUAGAUUUUGUGAAUUUGUGA